AAAGGAGAAAAUGUAAAUAAAGCUCAAAUAUAGGAGUCACCAACAGUAAUCCAAUCUCCCUCCACAGAAACCUGAAAAGCCCAAAUUAUAUCCGGUGUGAUAAUAAUGGCGGGUUCACCAUUUUCUCUCAGCUCCGCCACUUCCGCCAUGAGAGCUCUUACUCCGACCUGCCGCCGGUUUCAGUUCUUCACAUCCCCCAUCCCUAUUUUCCACAACUUCAAUCAUCACAGUUCCAAAAACUAUCUUCCUCGGCGCUGCCAAAACUUCCCGGCCUUCACUGUCCGCUGCUCCGGCUCCAUAACGGCCAAGCCCUCGUCGGAGCUCCGGAAGAAACGCAGUGAUGAUUCCGAACAAGACUACAAGCUCCGAGCCCUGCGCGAGCUUUUCUCCAAGCCCAAUAUCAACAUCGAUGCUUAUAUCAUUCCUUCCCAAGACGCCCAUCAAAGUGAGUUCAUUGCGGAAUGUUAUAUGAGGAGAGCCUAUAUCUCUGGUUUUACGGGAAGUGCCGGCACGGCAGUUGUCACAAAGGACAAAGCAGCUCUUUGGACAGAUGGACGAUACUUUCUCCAGGUGAGAAAUUUGUAGCAAUGGGAAUUUUCUUAGAUUUUUUACUGCUCUUAUUGGCUUGUUGUUGUUUGACGAGUAGGCUGAGCAGCAGUUGAACUCUAGCUGGAUUCUUAUGAAGGCUGGAAAUUUGGGAGUGCCUACCACCACUGAGUGGCUUAAUAGCGUGCUGGCUCCUGGUUGUAGAAUUGGGAUUGAUCCUUUCCUGUUUUCAUCUGAUGCUGCAGAAGAACUGAAAGAGGCCUUUUCUGAAAGAAAGCACGAGUUGGUCUACUUAUAUGACCUCAAUCUUGUAGAUGAAAUAUGGAAAGGAUCGAGACCAAAACCUCCUAUGAAACCAAUUAGAUUGCAUGAUCUUAAGUAUGCUGGUAUAGAUGUGCUGUCAAAGCUAUCUUCCCUGAGAUCUGAACUGUCCGAUGCUGGUUGCUCUGCAAUUGUUAUUUCUAUGCUCGAUGAGAUUGCCUGGUUACUGAAUCUGAGAGGUAAUGAUAUUCCACAUUCGCCAGUCAUGUAUGCCUACUUAGUCGUGGAGAUUGAUGGAGCCAAGUUAUUUGUUGACAAGUCUAAGAUCAAUUCGGAAGUGAUGGAUUACCUGAACCAUGCCGGAAUAGAUUUGUGUCCUUAUGAAUCCAUUCUCUCUGAAAUAAAAAGUUUGGCUGCCAAAGGUGCUCAUCUUUGGUUUGAUACAUCAUCCAUCAAUGCUGCUAUUGUGAAUACUUACAGAUUAGCCUGUGAGAAACAUUUUCAUGAGGCUGGAAACCAAGCAGAAAUCGAGAUGAUGUCAUCCACUGAUUCCAAUGGCUAUUUUAAGGGACCCACUGCAUUGCGUAGGAGCUCCCCGAUCUCUAUGUUUAAGGCUGUGAAAAAUGAUGCUGAAUUGGAAGGGAUGCGUAAUUCUCACCUAAGGGAUGCUGCUGCAUUAGCACAAUUUUGGGCCUGGCUAGAGGAAGAGAUCAACAAAGGUGUGACUUUGACUGAAGUAGAUGUUGCAGACAAGCUUCUUCAUUUUCGCUCAGUGCAAGAUGGAUUCAUCGGCACAAGCUUUGAUACUAUAAGUGCUUCAGGCGCGAAUGGUGCCAUUAUACAUUACAAACCCGAACCUGGUACUUGCAGUGCCGUGCAUGCUGAAAAACUCUUCCUAUUGGAUAGUGGAGCUCAAUAUAUUGAUGGAACAACUGAUGUCACACGGACGGUGCAUUUUGGUGAACCUUCUUCCCGACAGAGAGAAUGCUUUACUAGAGUUUUACAGGGCCAUAUAGCCCUUGAUCAGGCAGUAUUUCCGGAGAACACCCCUGGUUUUGUUUUGGAUGCUUUUGCUCGAUCUGCUUUGUGGAAGAUUGGCCUCGAUUACCGUCACGGCACCGGCCAUGGCGUAGGUGCUGCACUAAAUGUUCAUGAAGGGCCUCAAAGUAUCAGCUUUCGAUUUGGAAAUACAACCCCUUUGAUGAAAGGCAUGGUUGUUAGUAAUGAACCAGGAUAUUAUGAAGAUCAUUCAUUUGGCAUACGUAUUGAGAAUCUCCUGUUUGUGAAAGAAGUUGAAACCCCGAAUUGCUAUGGCGGCAUUGGAUAUUUGGGAUUUGAAAAGCUUACUUUUGUUCCCAUACAGGCAAAAUUGAUUGACGUGACAUUACUAAGUGUAGCAGAGAUUGAAUGGAUAAAUCAUUACCAUUCACAAGUUUGGGACAAGGUAAGAUUGUACGUGUUUUGUUGUGUUCCCUGUACUGCUAUGUUUGUAAUGCUGGGGUUAAAAUCCAAACCCGAAUUAUCACUGGAAGUUGACUGGGGGGGUUUUAAAUUUCCUUUAUUUUUUUCUUGCAGUCUUUCUUCCUUUCUACUUUUGUGAUACUGUCAUAUUUUCUCACUCAGUUUUUCGCGCAGGUGUCAAAGCUACUGGAGGGUUCUGCCCGUCAGUGGCUACGGAACAACACACGGCCUCUCUCCAGGGCAUAAUCUUUCCUGUGUAAAUAUUGUACAUUACUGGACGCUUUGCAGCCCUGGGCUGCAGCAGUCUCAAAUGAAUAGUUUCCUUGGAAAAUUAAAAAUACAAGAAAAACAAUUGCAAGUUGCCAAGAGUUAGUACUCCAAACGUUUCAUAAGAUUUAUGUGCCAAUUAUAACCGCAAAUCUGGUGAUUGGUCUUACUAGUACAUUGUCGAACUUGCGGGCGUGUGCUGCUAAAAUGAUCUAAUAGGCCAGUUUCUUCAAUGUGAGGGAUGCUGAGGAUCACAAGUUGUUGCUAGUUUGUAAACAAUCAUGUUGCAUCUUAAGGGAAGUGUUUCGAUUUUUCUUCUCUUUCCCAAGCUGCAUAGACCAACAAGUUCCUGGCGAGGGAGAUUCAUCAUUUCUUUAAGUAGCUUUAGGGAUGUGUUAACAGUUUUUUCUGUUUCCAUUUUAAAUUAAUCACAAGUCUUUAGUGCGAGGGGAAAGAAAACACGAUACAAUCGACACCACACGACAUAAAUUUAC